GAAAAAGGUUUGUUUUCAACCAAGAGAAGGAAGCGUCUCUGAGGUUUGCCGCAGCCCCGUUGACAAAAAAAAAGAACGGGUUGAGCAGUUGUUUUAAUAAUUGGUAUAUUUUUGACAAUUCUUUCUUAGCUCGCCAUGGCUCUGUGUGGGGGUGUCGGAGCCAUGGCUUUGCCCAGCGAGCUUAUCGUGCACAUAUUUUCCUUUCUGUCCGACCGAGACAAGCUCCGGGCCUCGGCUGUGUGUUCGCGAUGGAGGGAGUGUCUGUUUUACCCCGCGUUGUGGACCGAGCUCAAACUGCGGAUAGGCGGGGGGUGUAAUGAUUCUAGCUCCGAAGAAAGCCAGAAACUGGAAUUUCUCAUGAGAAAGUUUGGCUCUUUUGUGCGAGAGCUGCAGCUGGAAAUCGCUCCGGUGGAAGGCAACCUCAGCUCCUUGAGCAACGACCCGACCUCCACCAGGAUGGAGCAGCCUCAAGACGCCGACGGCAACUCGCAGCUGUCGGAGAGAUGGAAAAACGCCACAUCCACCUACUUGGACCAGAUUCUGUGUGUUCUGACAAGCAUCCGAAACAAUAGACAUUUGCAGAACCUCAGUCUAUAUGGAGACACCUUUGUUCUCCAACAGGAGGGACUGCUGGACAGCUCGAACCUGCAUCAGAUUCACCUGGGAGACAAAAAGAUCAACGAAAUUCAGCGUCUGUUCAUGGAGUUUCUGUCCAACAGCAGGCAGCUGAGAUGGUUGUCCUGUAGUUUCAUGCUGAGUCUGGUGACCCCCUGCUCCUUAGCCUGUCUGUCAAAUCCUUCUGCCGAGACCCUUCACCACCUCAGUUUAUUGGACCAUCAGCUGGGUCCCCUCAUCUCUCCGUCAGAGUUGGAUCGCUUCUCCACCCUUCAUUCUCUGGCUCUUGAUUUCUCAGACUUCAAAUCUGAGCUCUGUGAUUUGUUGGCUUCACCUCAGAGAACCCCACUCCAUCGCCUCUCUCUGCUACUCAACGGUGCUGCCCUGGAGUUCAAAGGAUUGGAAGGGACAGCUACUGAAGAUGACUGGAAGUCACUGGUUUGUGUAAGUGCCAACCUGCGAGUGUACAUCAUGGCUCUGGAGGUGGACAGCUCAGAACUCCUAAGGGUCUUAAAACCAAGCCUUCCCUUGGAGCGUCUUCACCUCGACAGUUACAGCACACUUGUGACUGAUGGCACUUUGGAGCUCAUCUCCCAGCAGUAUAACAAAACGCUGACUCACUUCCUACUGCUAAGGGACGGCCCUGACUUCCCGGACCUCAGCAUCAAUCGCAACGAAGAUCCAUUGGUUCUUUUGGCUUGGAGAUGUACUCAGCUAGCUGUCCUGGUCAUACAUGGUUACAUUGUGUGGUCACAUAACCUGGUAGCCAUUUCAAGGCUGCGAGGCUCCAGUCUGCGUACGCUGACCGUCUCUGAGGAGAGCAUCGACUUCGAUCCCGACCAGUCCCUGUACAUAGAAGGAGAUCCUGUACACAACCUGGUCAAGGAGGUUUCACUGGGCCUUGGCCGUGUCUGGCACCCUUGCCUGGAUUCCAGCAUUGUUUUGUGCGAACCCACGCAACACUUCCAUCGGGAGCUGCACGCCUUCAGCACAGGCAGUUAGGCAGCAGGGUUGUGCCCCGGCAGAUACCCGCUGAAACUUUGUCAAGACCAGACCAGAUCAGCCAUGAACACCACCCCCAAGUCAAACGGUCUACAAAAUUAAAUUUAAAUGAACCAAGCUGUUUUUUUUCCGUUUUUUUUUUUUAAUUCUUUGUGCUGUUCCUUUUCUUUUUCUUCCAGCACCUGUCUUUUUUUUACUUCAAAUCUUUGGACGUUUAGACUAAACCAUUAAGGAAAACUCAUUAUUUCCUUAAAAAAGAAGGAACCCCUGAAAUUCUGAGCAGACUAAGAAAAGUGUGGUUGUAAGAACAAUAUUUUUCCUAGCCUGCUGAGUUAUCAGUCAUUCCACUACUAGGCCAGUAGGCCCAGCCCAAUCACAUCUGGUCUGGUCUUGCCCUCCAGUGGUUAGUGCUCCCUCCAUCACCUUAAAACCUCCAGACCCUCUGUGUAAUGUAAUUUUGACAUUUACCUUGUUUCUCCUUCCUUCUCAUAUUUGACCUUUUUAUGUCUCUCCUUGCGCUGUGUGUUAGCUAGUUUUAGCUGUGUGGUAGUUUCCUAGCCUGUAUGGGCUUUGUAUGUAUUUAAAUGCAAAUAUCUAAUCCUGCUCACAGCUGAAAUGGGACAGGCAGGCAGAUUGGGGGAUUUGACUUGUGAAGAAAAAUGGUUUGUGUGUUUAGCCUUUUUUUUUUUUUAAUUUUUUUGUGAAUGUGUAAAUUUACCCAUCAACAACUUCCUGGGGAACAAAGCAAAACCUUGCUGGUUUUUCCUUUUUCUCGGAAAGAGCGUCUUGUGCACUUGUUCGCUAGUUCGAGAGCCUUACCCAGCAGGGUAGGAAGCUCUGCUGUUAAUCAGCUUUGGUGCAGGUUUCAACAGCUGCCAUGUUAGUGCCAUGACUCAAACAUCUUGUGAAAGAGUGGCAUUGCUAAACUUAAAAAUAAGAGGUUUUAGUAAGAGGUCUGAGCACCUCAUCAAUCGAGUUGUGGAGAACGUUGUUACAUGCUUCCGGCUCUUAAACUUCCCACCCUGCUUACUUUUUAAGAGCAAACCUUACAACUCAGCUCAGGUGAAAGACUCCAGAGCUCAAAAGGUCAACUGGUGUCAAACAACAAAUGUGUUGUAACAAAUGUUUUGUAUUACAAUCUCUAAUGAAUUGGUUGUGAUCUUUAGACCUUUAUCAAGCUUAAAGAGUGAUCAGUGAUGGUGGUUUUACAGCCCUCUUGUUUUAUCCACUUUUAUAUCCACCGGUUAUUAUCCGAAGAUAAAUCUAUUUAAAUGCUAUCACUGAGGCAUUAGAAGGUCCUCGAGAUCAGUAACCUUCUAAGGUUAAGACGGCACAUAUAGAUUCCACACUGUCAUUUGUAUUUUUGGGUGAGCUCGUGCUGAAACAGCAGAUAAGCAGUAUUCUUCAGGUGCAGUUCUCUUAAGUUGGCAGGUUUUACAGUCAUGCUAUCAGUGCUGUAAGCAUGAGGACAUUUUGAGGGUGAGGGGCUUUUUAAAUGGGAAAGUCUGCAGUGAAUGUAACUAGACUUGGAUUCCUCCAUCUGCUUUGUGUUGAAAAAUGGAGGGUUGCUGUGUUUUUUUUGCCACAGAUGUUUGUGACGUUUCUUGCUGUGGCUGAAUGGCCCGGUUCCUAACACAGCCAAGACCUUCUUUUUUGCAAACUGACAUGCACAGCACAAUGAGCUUUUGUGUCAUUUGGCUUGUUUUUGUGUUCGAAGCGGUCACCUCAGGUAGGCUCUUAACAUCACUAUGACCUGGACAGCGAUGGUGAUGUUGACUCGGGUGUGCAAAGCAAUCAAUUUCUUUUAUUCCCUUUUAAGUCACAGUUGCCUUGGAAACAGGCCCUACUUUUCCAGAUCCUGUAGUUAGUGUUGUUGUUGAUGACCUUGUUUUCUCUUGCCAUCUGCUAAAACCUUGCUGCCUCCUUUGAGCAGCAGGGAAAACCUAAUCAUACAUAUGUUUUCAAAGAUUAUGGUUGAUAAAACAUGAGAAUGGCAAAAUCUAGCUCUGCAUUGUGUAUUUGUACCUGUGCUGUACAUGGAGAACGUGUUACCCUCAAAUAUUUAGCUGAGGAGAGCACGUAUGCCUAGAAUGAUGAAUCCUGUUUGUCGUGGUUGUUCUCGGAGUGCUAACAUGUUUAAGGCUUAUGGCAAAUGACGAAAAGCUUUGUUUGUCUUAGACAAUAGCUGACACAGUAACAGAGGACGCUAAGGUGUUUGGACUGCUAAAUUGUUUUGACAGUCAUUGUCUUCUGAGGAUUUAUGCAGACAAGUCUUGAACUAAGUUGCUCGUGUAGCAACGAACAUCAGGUUUGGCUUUCAGGGUACUUGACAAUCUUACAAGUUGUUGGGAAUUGUACCCUCAAACCAUCGCAUUCACCUCAGACAUGAUGACACCGCGAAGCGUGACGAUCCUGUAAAAACUUGUAGUUUACACGACAGAUCGUGCAGUUUUGAAACCUUUGUUGUGAAACCAUUGUCCUAAAAUCACCCAGCACUUUACUAGCUUCCGUGUGAAUCUGUUCUAGUCAUGGGCCUAUGAUUACCAAGUGUUUGCUUUAAAGACCUUGAUGGUUUUGUCAUGAUGAUCUUUGUUGUUCUUGGUUCAUAUCUCAGGAUAAAUGCACUUUGGUACCAUCAUUUUGUUUUUAAAGGCUCUCUGUUGCUGAAUGGAGCGCUGUAAAACACUUGGUAAAAAUAGCAACAUUUAUGCAUUCAGACCAAAAUAUGGUGGAAUGUUGUGGGUUUAUCCUUUGUUAUUGAAUGUAAUGUUAAACUUGGUAUCAGUUAGACAUUUCCUUUUUUUUUUAAGUUGACUUUACAAGCUCCGUCUCCCUGUCUGUUUACUGUUUUCUGUUCUGUUUUUUUUUUUAAUCUCUUCCACGUGGAUGUGAGGUUUUACUGGCCGUGAAGUCAGAUGUCGUCUGUGUUGAAAUGCUUGUGGCUUUCAGCAGAUUUUAACAGGUUGAACAGAGAAUGCAGUUUGACUCUGCAAUCGAACGCAGAGUCGCUAACCUAAAAAAAUCUGUUGUGAAACAAGGUUUCAGUUUCAGAACGGAAUGAAGGUCAUUCUGACGCACCUUAAAUAGUUUAUGCUGUGUGCAGGUAGAUUUUUUGUUGGGAAUGUCACUGUUUGUGAUGUGAAAAUAUUCUGGAACAGUUACUCCAUAAAAUAGACUCAUACUGAUCCAAAUGAUUGCAUUCUGUUAGUGACUCCCGCUAUAUCUCCUGUUGUGUUGUGUCUGACAGCCUCUGGAUUCUAAAUCUCAACUUUCUGUCAUCAGCAUUUCGUUUUGUGUACUUUGUUUAUUAGUUAGGGAAGUAGUAUUUAAGCUAUGGUAGCUAAGGUUUCCGUUGUAGUGGUUUUAUUCCCCCUUUGCUCAUGUUUUUGUGUGUAUCCAAUAGAAAUGUACAUAUAGGGCGUGUAGAUGAAGAAAUGAUCGGCCCUUUAACCAUCGCUCAGUCUGUUCAUGCCUAACAGUGUGCGUGUAUUUAGGGAAUAGAGGGCAUUGGCGUUGGACGGUGUAGCCCCAUCACCUCUGAUGCUGCACAAAGUUGUUUGCUCCCAGGGUGUUGUCAGUUUUCAGAUAUGAAGAGGUGGAUGGAACGUAACAACAGCCUCUCUAGCUCACUUAUGAAUUUCAGGAGUCACUGGAUAUUUUGUCCUUCAUGGACACAUCUUAAGCUGGUAGACCAAGCAAACUGACUGUAACUGACUGCAGUUCUCAUCUACUGUCACGCAGUAUUGUUGACUCCACAUCUCACCUGGCACUUUUGUGCUCUGCUGAAACUCUGCCUACUAAUGCAGUUAUUUUAUGUUACCAAUGUUAACGUUUCCAUUCUUUGGACCUCAUUGCAUCAGACCGUUGGUAGUGUUUUUGUGCUUGGGUGAAUGCAGACCAAAGUGGACGACGGUUUUGACACUUGUGUUUUAUUUUGUGUGUCAAAAAAAAACUCAAGAAUGUGUAGUUUAGAUGGCAUUAAUGGCAUUAAUCUCCAUCACAAUAAGGGUUUAAGCGACAUAAUUGCACGUAGGCUAUUCGCUUUACCUCUGAUUGGCUCUCAGGGUCUACAGUGUUUGUUGCUGAGUCAUCAAAGCCAGGCCUGCCAGGUUGAGUGCAGCACAUUGAUGGGGUUAAUCAAAGAGGUCGCUGACAUCUUCCUCUAUCCCUCUCCUGUCAGUCACCUGUCUCACUGUGAGGAGCAAGUGAAUGUAAAAAAAAAAAAAACUGUGGAAGUAGAGGAGCACGUCCCUUGUUAAAAGCCAUUUAGGGUUUAUUAUCACAGAUGGAGUUACUCUGUAAUAGAAGCUUCCUGACCAUGAAAAGACCAGAGUGCCUGAUUGUGAAAAGUUCUGUAUGGUGGAAAGCACUUGCUCCUGGCCUCUUCAUUUGCUGCUAGAAACAGGACAUUCCAUACGUUCCGGGAGGGGCAGGGCUGGCAUUGGCCGUCUGAUUAGCCAAAUGUUUGGACUUCAUAUUUCAAGCGUGUGUGAGAAUGAACAUAUGUACCAUAUAUGAUUUUUUACUUGGGUCUGUUUUUGGCAGGACGGAGUCACACUGGGGUUUAGCAGCUGGUCUGAGGAGAGGAAAGGUGUGAUGUUUGCUCUCUCUGAAUGGUCAACCACGUUUCCGCUGCGUCAACUUUCAGGCCACUUUUGAGGCCUUUGUGUGUCCGGUACACAACAAGUCACAAAUGUAAAUAUUCUACUGUGACUUCAAUCCAGAGAUAGCCACUGCUCUGUGUAUCAGUUUAGUUGGUUCAGGAGGUUUGAACCCGCUUUACGGGCAAAGAUCAGUGCACGCACAACUCAUUCUCACUACCGUGACACAGGAGUUUGAGCAGAACUGAAUUAAACAGCAGGUGCUAACAGAUGUUUAACUUUGUUAUACUGUGUAAAUAUUGAGAGGCACAGAGCAAGCAGAGCCUUAUUUUCAGAGUCCUGGUAGUGGAAAUGGUAAAAGAGGGAUGUGUAUAAUAUUUUUUUUCUUCAGAUAUGCUUUCAUGGAGUUACGAAAAAUAGCAUGGCUCCUAUGGCCUAUGUAACUGAAUCCACAGAGCUGGCCUCUAAUGAAUUCCAUCCGAUAGAUGUAAAUGGAUGAAGUUCUGUGUCUUGGAAUGGGGCCAACGUGAAAAGAACUUAGCUUAUGUGUUGACACUUACUAGCCAUUAAGUGAUCCUUUCACGAGUGUGAUGUUUUAGUACCAAAGCAGCUGACUGAGUGAAACCUCUUUCAGUCUCAAACCUAGAACCAUCGCUCAUUAAACACCACAAGCUUCAUUUCCACAUUGUUGCCAACUCAGGAGUUUGUCUUCGGGACUCUUUAGAUAUUUUGUGGAAAUAAAUAGAAAUUAAGGAGGAGAAAGAGGAAAAACAGACUUGUACUAAGGUAGUUCUAUGCCCAAACCCUUCUUUAAAAGACUAAACACUUUUUUGGUUUAUUACGUCUGAAGGAUUCAAGAAGUUGUUUUCAAAUCAGAAAUUUUUUCCUCCUAAUGAGUAGUACCACCAAUGUGCUGAUAUGUUGAUAAUGUGCAUUACUUUGUUAUGUAAGCUAGAUUUGAUCAGUAAAACGAAGUGUGUAAAGCUCUGUGUGACCGGGUGCAGCACAGCCGAUGUUUUGACACUGGUGUAGUCAUCAAAGGUGGUGUUUGGAGGUAAAUCCCAGCAACCGUGGUUUCAGGGAAAUGUGUACAGUUGCUGAAAAUGCCACUGUUAAUGCAACUUGGCCAAAUCACACCACUUUCAUGGUUGCAUAAUGAAGAUUCAUGCGACAGCUGGAUAUGUCAAAGAACAGAUGGAUAUUGAGAACAUUGUUGGAUAUCUUUAUCACAAGGCCUCUUUCUCAAGCCUAAAGGACUUAACAUCUUAGCAAACCAGACAGGAAACCCUGCCGUUCAGUCCAGCCUCACAACUAUGCAAGAGGGAUGUAUAUGAUCAAAAUGUUUCUUUUAAUUAUUAUAUUUUUACAUUUUCUUUCUGUCACAUCGUUGAAAUGAAGAACUUAUGAGAGUACUUGGCCUUAUGCCGAGUUGUGAAAUUUAUUGACAUUUCCCUGCGUUUUAGGAUCUCUUGAAUCUGGACAGCCGGCCCAGUGACAGCAGCAGUGAUGGCAGGCUCACUCUUGGUCUCUGUGAGACUGGCUAGGAGGCCCCAGUUUUAUUGUGGUACGAAUGUUGUGCAUUUGUUUAAAAUCAGGACAGUUUGCAAUAACAGGAGUCUUACUAUUGGCCACAAAGGGGCGCAAGCAGUGCUGACAGCGCCUGACUGUGUCUUUAGAAAACCUUUAGAGGAAGAAAUAUUCAGUAUAUAAAUAGAUAUAUAAAAAAGUUACAGUGCAUAGUUCAUAGAUAUCAAUAGUGCAUCAUCAUGGAAUACUCUAAUGCAACACACAUCUGGGUUCAGUUUGGAACUAUAAACUGUACUUUAAAUCACAAGGUUUUUUUGUUUUGUUUUUGUCUCUCAAAGAUGGUUUACCAUAUGUGUUGUUGAGAUUCCUGUUCUACUGUUUGCUAAUGUGAGUACAUAGUUCUGGGUUUUCCCUUCUUUUUGUCAACUACAACCCAGACUUAAUGAAAAACAUCAGCUGGAGGAAAGCUUAAAGAAAAAAAAUAUAUAUAUAUAUAAUAAAACAUAUUCAAUUCUUAUCCAUAGUCACAAUUUUACUGGAGAGAUUUUGAAUUUUGUUCAACAGAUUUUCUACAAAAUGUUUCCAGAAAUAUCUGGAGAUGAUUUAACUCCACAAGGUGGAUGGGGAUUUGCUUGGACCAAACGAAGCAAAGCUCUAACCUUAAAGAGCCCAUCAAGAUCUUUUAGUAGAGAGUCUGACAUAUUUCCAGCUGUUGUUUAGUCUGCAGUGAAAGAGCCCUCUACAGACGAGAUUUAACAAACAACUGCUGAUCUGUGGGUCUGUUGUUGAUAAAAAGGGGACCACUUUGCAAACCUCCAUGAAAAAUCUCUGACACAAUUGGUUGCAUAUACUCGAAGGGUCAGUCUGCCGAGAAUGAAUUUGUAGCUAUGUUGAAUGAAAGCUUUUCUUCUUUUAGUCAGUGAAUAAAAAAUUGGAAAAAUC